AUGCUCGCUUCAUCCGGAUUUAUUCUCCCUCUCUUCGCUCUCUUGAGCCAAGUCGCCCCCGGAUCCGCGAACAGCGUUCCUAUUGUCUCGUGCUCUACCAGCACGGACGUCCAAAUUUUCCAGAAUCCCAGCUUUGAGUCCGGAUCACUUGAUGACUGGACCAUCAGCAAUUCCUACGCGGAGUCUUACAGCGUCGUACAGGUUGGCACAUCAGACGCCCAAGGCUCAGCCGAAGAUGGAUCCUAUUACUUCCAAACGUACGGCUACAAUCACGAGUUUCACCUUUCUCAAACGGUUUCCAAUCUUGUAGUUGGCUCUACAUAUACGAUCACGUAUUGGAACCACCUACCUCAGUACCUAGGUGCUCUAGCUAAUUGCUGGGAUUCUGUUUACUUGGAUACCACCGCCAACAAAAUCGCCUAUAUUAACUACGGCCCAUCCACUACAUGGACAGCACAUACCUUGACCUUUGCAGCCACAGCGACCAGUCAUACCCUGGUCUUAGCUCCAGAUUGUGGUUCCGGUCGCGAUUACCCAUGGUAUAUGGGAUGGGAUAACUUCCAGAUCGAAGGAGAAACCCAGGUGUGCACUACCUCCUACUCGACUAUUCCAUCUUCGACACCUACGCCAACCCCCAGCUCAGUCUUCUCGUCCAGAGUUGCAUCCACUACACCCUUGGUUGGAUCAUCUUCAUCCAGAGUCAUUGCAUCCUCAGCCACACCAGCGUCGUCCUCAUCCGGAGUUGGAUCGUCUUCAACCAGAGUCAACCCAUCAUCCAGCACUGUCAAAUCCUCGGCCAGAGUUAAACCAUCUUCAACUAGAGUUCGGCCCUCGUCUAAGGCAUGCAAAACUAGAACCAGGACAUCUUCAUCCAGCGCUGUCCAGUCAUCCUCCGGAACUCCCCCAUCCUCGGUCGGAGUUAGACCAUCUUCAACCAGAGCUGUAUCCUCGUCGGUGGCUGCUACUUCUGCUGCCUCUUCCACCACAGCAUCUACCACUUCUAGCAACACUGACAGUGGAAACGGCUCAUCUUCUGGCGUUUCCUCCAGCAUGACCUCCACUCUCGGUGGUGGAAACAGCUCAGGCUCCGGCUCUAGCACGACCACUGCUCCUGGUGGAGGAUCUGGCUCUAAUACACCCCAAGGUGAAUCUGGUGGCGCGGGAUCUACUACUUCGACCAUUCUCUCAACCCGCACCGCUACUAUCACCGCUUGCCCAUCAACAGUCACCGAUUGCCCAGCAAGCGAUAAGACUACGUAUACCACCACUGAGGUCAUUGUUGUGUCAACGACAGUUUGCCCUGUGACUGCUACGUCAAACUCAGAGCCUACCAGUGAGUCUGGUGGCGCGGGAUCUACCACUUCGACCGUUCUCUCAACCCGCACCGCUACUAUCACUGCUUGUCCGUCAACAGUCACCGAUUGCCCAGCAAGCGAUAAGACUACGUAUACCACCACUGAGGUCAUUGUUGUGUCGACGACAGUCUGCCCUGUGACUGCUACUGCUACUUCUUCUUCUGCAACUACCCGUGGCUCUGGCUCUGGCUCUGGCUCUGGUUCUGGUUCUGGUUCUGGUUCUGGUUCUGGGUUUGGAGGAAACUCAAUCACUGAGACUAUUUACUCUACCCGGGUCUUUACAAUCUACGAGUGCGCUUCGACUGUUACCAACUGCCCCUAUGCUUUGAGAACUGCUCAUGCGGUUACUGAGACCACUGCCGUUGGAACUACAGUUUAUCCUGCUAGCUCUGCUCCUACAAGUGGCUUCAGCUCUGGUUCUGGUUCCAUCACUGGCUCCGGCUCCGGCUCUACUGGCUCCGGCUCCGGUUCUGGUUCCGUCACUGGCUCCGGCUCUUUUACUAAGGCCAUUGUUGCUGGAACUGCGAUUCAUGCUGCUGGCUCUGUUUCUACUAGUGGAUCCAGCUCCAGCCCUGUUUCUAGCUCCGGCCCCCAAUUCGGCUCCGACUCUGCGCCUGGAAGCAGCACCUUGGUGUCAUCUUCUCACGCUAGUGCUUCAUUCACAACAAGUGCAAGCCAGCCAGUCUACACAGGCGCCUCGGCCUCUCAAUCUGCUUUCCUUUCCGGAUCGCUCGUAUCCAUCUCCGGUCUUUUGACUGCCUGGCACCUUCUUCUUUAA